GGGAGCAGCGGCGGCAGCGGGGUUUGUACACAGGUCCCAAGGCAAAGGCGCUUCCGAGCUGGUCCCUGUAGGGUUCUGCGCAUUGAGCUAGGUUUGGGGGGAGGGGGGGGGUCUCCUCUUUCCUUUCUUUCCCUUUUCUUUCUUUUACCAGAGCCUGCUGAGGGUUCAGUCCUGCCUAGGGUAGGGAUAUCCGCAGUGGGGCUGUUGCAUUGUUUUGGUUGGGAUAGAGAAGGGGCUCAGCUGAGGGGUCCUGCUGCCUGGCCUGUGACCAUUACAGUCCCAUAUUUUGUCUAACUUCCACUGAGAGAAGAAAAGGAGGAGUGAAGAGAGAGAAGAGGGUUUGUGGAUGCACUUAGAUGUUUGCAAUGAGCACUGUGGCUGGCAUGCCCCAGUGUUUUGGAUACCAAUGCAUAGGACUCCGUAGUAAUCGAAUUUAUCAGAAACGAACGUCAUGAGCAUAGUGAUCCCAUUGGGGGUUGACACAGCAGAUACUUCUUAUUUGGAAAUGGCUGCAGGCUCAGAACCAGAAUCUGUAGAAGCUAGCCCUGUGGUAGUUGAAAAAUCGAACAGUUAUCCACACCAGUUGUAUACCAGCAGCUCGCAUUCACACAGUUACAUUGGUUUGCCCUAUGCAGACCAUAACUAUGGUGCUCGGCCUCCUCCAACGCCUCCAGCUUCUCCUCCUCCAUCAGUGCUUAUAAGCAAGAAUGAAGUAGGCAUAUUUACAACUCCCAACUUCGAUGAAACCUCCAGUGCUACUACCAUCAGUACGUCAGAGGAUGGAAGCUAUGGAACUGAUAUUACCAGAUGCAUUUGUGGCUUUACACACGAUGAUGGAUAUAUGAUCUGUUGUGACAAAUGCAGUGUCUGGCAGCACAUUGACUGCAUGGGGAUUGACAGGCAGCAUAUUCCUGACAUAUAUCUGUGUGAACGUUGUCAGCCAAGGAGUUUAGAUAAAGAAAGGGCAAUUCUGUUGCAACGAAGGAAAAGAGAAAAUAUGUCAGGUGAAUACAGUAUCUAUAUGUCUAACUUGUUCAAAGAUACUGCUUCAAGCUGCCUGGUCUUGAAACUGGUGCUGAUGAAAUUACUUGCUGCUUAUGGGGAAACUUCUUGUGAAAUUCAGAGUUCGUAUCUUGCCUUCCAAGAUGCAAAAUCUUCCCUUAGUGUGCUCUUCAAAGUGAAAGCAGGUUAU